AGUGAGGUUUUCCUGGUUAACCAAAGGCUUAAUAUCAUCAGCGGUAUGGAGGCAUUUUGUGUCAUUGCUGCAAAUAAUGGGAGGCUGAAACUAAGGGAAUUGUAUUGCUGAGCGUCGUAAACACUGAUGCAGCAGCAGAGAGAGAAGGCCUACGCCGAGCAGAGUUGUAGUGGACUUCGAUAAACUACCUAUGACCAAUCCUCAGACAAAGUUGUGUUGUAGUCAGCACAGAAUGACAUCGUGCAGAACGGCAUGGACCGCUUGGAGCUGAUAAUGAAGGCUCUGUCUCUCUUCAGAGAGGUUACAGUUAUAUCAUCAUGAGGACUGAUAUUAGCAACUGACGGUUACUUCCUGCCUGGACAUGACUGUUGUCUGAGCCGACACUUGAGGAGUCACAGCACCCUACAGCCACCCGUUCAUCUCCAUGCCACUCUGAGGAGGAAGAGGAAUCACUAAUUUGAGUUCUGCCCUUGUGUUUGUCUUCUCUUCUUGCCAUGGGGGGAGCCGUGAGCGCCGGGGAGGACAAUGACGACCUCAUUGAUAAUCUGAAGGAGGCUCAGUAUAUCCGCACAGAGAAAGUUGAACAGGCUUUUCGAGCCAUAGACCGCGGUGACUACUAUCUGGAUGGCUACCGGGACAGUGCCUACAAAGACUUGGCGUGGAAGCACGGCAACAUCCACCUGUCUGCUCCGUGUAUAUACUCAGAGGUGAUGGAGGCCCUCAAACUGCAGCCAGGACUCUCUUUCCUAAAUCUGGGCAGUGGAACUGGCUACCUGAGCACAAUGGUUGGUCUUAUCAUAGGGCCUUUUGGUGUGAACCAUGGAGUUGAGCUCCAUAAGGAUGUUGUUGAAUAUGCCAGAGAGAAACUGGAUGACUUCAUAAAGAAUAGUGAAAGCUUUGAUAAGUUUGAGUUCUGUGAACCUGUCUUUGUGGUGGGGAAUUGCCUUGAAAUCUCAACAGACAGUCACCAAUACGAUCGCAUUUACUGCGGCGCAGGAGUGCAGAAAGACCAUGAAAAUUACAUGAAAGUGCUGCUCAAAAUUGGAGGCAUUCUGGUGAUGCCCAUUGAGGAUCAGCUGACCCAGAUAACCAGGACUGGCCAGUGCACAUGGGAGAGCAAAAACAUCUUGGCGGUGUCCUUUGCCCCCUUGGUCCAGCAGAGCAGAGCUGAUGGAGAGAAGCCUGACACGGUGCAUCUGCCCCCAGUGACUGUCCGUAGCCUUCAGGAUCUGUCUCGCAUCUACAUCCGCCGCACGCUCAGGAACCUGGCCAAUGAGGACAGUCAGGGAAAGGGGACCGUGCAGCGAGUUCCCCAGAAGCGCAAACGCAGGCGCUGCCGGCGGCGCCGCAUCAACACCUAUGUUUUUGUAGGCAAUCAGCUGAUCCCCCAAACGGUGGAGAGUGAGGAGGAGGAGCACAAUGAGGAGGAGCACAAGGAAGUGGAAGAGGAGGAGGACAGAGACAUUGGCGACAUUGAAAUCCUCAAGCAAGUGAACGUAUUGAGAGACCAAAUAAUGGCUCUGCCGCUGCCUGAGUCGCUGAAAGCAUAUUUGCUGUAUUACAGAGAGAAAUGACUGAUUCAUUUAUUUUUCACUCUUAAUGGGUGCAGCGCCUGCUGAUUUUUCUUUUUCAACUUUUUCAGUACAAAUGUAGCAUUAUUUCCAUUAAAUCUUGAUGGCAAAACUAUAAUGGAAAAAGACGCCAUAGAUAAUAUUGGAUAAUAAUGUUAUGCUUGUCAUGAGUUGUUAGAUUUGUUUUUUUUUUUUCCUUUUGAUUUGUAUAUCAAAAACAACAACAAAAAAAACUUUUAAAGCAUCUUUAUGGACAUACUUUCAGAAAUCUGUUUUGAGAUUCAGAUUUUAUCACAAUGUCAGGAUUUCUGCAGAAAUGUGCAGAUUAAAAAUUGUAUAAAACAACAAAGUUCUUACUAUAUUUGUUAAAAUAGGAUCAUGCUAAGAUGAAGACUUUUAUUGCAGCUUUUUUAGAAGCUUUAACUUGCUAUCAAUUUGAGGAUUCGCUGAAGCAGAAAGGAGCAAGAAGCAAAUUAGGACAAAUCCUCCCAUGUUGAGUUUAAGAGCAAGAUGUUCUUACAUAAUCAUGACUGGGACACUUAGGUCAUUACUUCUCUUGAUAUUUCACUUUCAGUCUCGAUGUUUUGUACCUUCCUCUUACAAGAAAUCACUGAGAGACCUGAGUGGUUCAUGAUUUUUUUCUACAGGGCACCGUUUAAUGUAACUUUUUCUACCGGGUGCUGACAUGUUGUGUUUUCUCACUUUGCAUAGGAAUAGCUGACAUCCUACUUGGUACGACAAGGUGUUGUAGGCCCUCUCCUCUUUCCAGUGUUGAUGCAAAUUGUAAAAUAGUUAAUCAUGUCAGAGGUUUCAAUAAUGAUACCGGGGGUUUCUUUUUUUCAGGGGUCUUUGUGAAAGAGGAGAUGUAAGUCAAUAAUGAAUACAUGCAUGAAUAUACUGUAUAUGUGUUGAGUGUUCCUGACUUUGCUUCACUUCUUCUGAUUGGUCACUGGAGGUGAUGUCCCAGGUGAUCAUGUUUGGAAAUGUUUUGAAAAAAAGGAUGUAAAGAAUAUUAAUCGAUUUGAUGGCUUUGAGGAAAGUCUACUUUUUUAUUCGACAACAAUGCAAAUCAAAAUCACUGAGGAUUAAGAAGCCUUUUUUAAAGCCUGGACUAAAGAAGUCUCCAGGAAAGCACCUUAUCCUGCAGUCCUCAAGUGAAGUAAAAAAACAAAGGUGCCAUUUUGGCUCAGUUUUUACCGUGGAUGGGACUUCUUGUAAUAUUAAAUCAAAGUACAAUUCACUAGCAGAACUUUCCCUGACGUGAUGGCCUUUAAGUGCCAACAAACUCCAUCACUUUAGGACUUCUGUGAGCUUUCCGGCACAGUAAAUUGACCUCUCAUCAAAAGAGAAAGAAGCGAAAAAAUUAAAAACAUUCCAGAGUGAGGAAAAAAAUAGCACAUCACUGAUAGAUGUCACACUUUAUUCUUAAUGCUUUACCAUCAUGGACUGGGAAUUUCUUUUCUCUUACUUUGAAUGCAUAUUUUUAGUAUUCCAAAAGCUAAGUUGAAUGUUGUUGAUAUUAAUUCUAUUCGAUAUAAGAAGUGAUUAUAUAGAUGUAUUCUUAUCAUAUGAUUCUGCAUACCGUUUCAGUUGCAUUUGGUUUGUUGUAGCACCCUCUUGCUGUACUGUAUUUUGACACUGGGAACUCUGUAGAUCAAAACUCCACUGCUGUCUGAUUAUAGAUAAGACAUUUUAGUGUAUUCUGUUCUGGUGUAAUGAAAAAAUAUUUUUGUUUGAAAACGGGGGUGAUUAUUAUAUUAGUAAUUUUGUGUGUGAAUACGUUUACUUUUUUUUUUUUUUUUUAAUUUUACAUUCAUCAGAAAGCUUUCCAAGUAAGCAAUAAUGGAACAAUUUCAUAGCUUAUACGUAAUUACCCAUAAGAAAAUGGUCCCAUUUAAUUUGCGUAGCAACCAUUAAAUUUCACAUGGCCAGUUACAGGCAUGCAACAGUUUAUACGCUGUUCCCUAAAACAUAAUGGCUAAUUAGAGAGCACAUUAAGUAAUGAAAGCAAGGGGCCUACAAUCUCGACUCUCAGGUCAUGCCUUGCACCAAAGUUAAUGGGACUGCUGUGAUAGUGUUAAUGUGCACAAGAGUCGACUACAAAAAAAUGGCACCUGGAAAAGAUCAAGUCAUAACCAGUUCUCUGCUGAAAUUAAUUUGUCAAGCGCACAAACAGCUCUGUCACUGUUUAUCAGCCCUAUAGGCUGAUUUCUCAUAGAGUGUGCAGUUCAUUUUGAAAAUGUGUUGUUCCUCCGUAAAUGUUUGGCACAAAAAUAAAGGUCACAAUCACA